CAAUAGACAUGAGAAAACCGUCCACGAGAAAAGGCGAGACUUUCAGUGCGAUUAUUGCCAAAGGCGUUUCUCUCGAAACGACAAUUUAUGGGGGCAUAUUAGUCGAACCCAUAGCGAGGCUGAACGCUCAGACGAGGGUCCUGGUCGUUGUUCACCUUUGGGGUCUGCUUCACAUCGUCGCGGACCCUCUCCACCUCGAAGGAGUGCCGAAGAGACGGUGGAGAGUGAUAUGCGCCGAAUCGCAGGCCUGGCUUGUGGCAUGGUAUUUCAUGGUGAAGCGACGCAAGACCCAUGGAAUUCGUCGCACACAAGAUUCUCUUGUAAUCCCAGAAGGUGAGUGGAUGUUCUCUGACCGUUCCGUCACCUAUCGGCGCGCUGCGUAGAACAUCCACCCUUCAGCGAGCUGGGAUGCGAAGGACUAAGGGGCGACGCCUUCGGGGCUCGGGAGGCUCAUGCGCAGAAACAAUGCUUACGGGAGAACUUGUGGUAAGUUGUUGCAACUGGGAGCGCCGCCCCACGAACAGUUGGCCUGUCGCGAAACCUUGUGACUUCCUCAUGCGAGCUCGGUACUGCCAAGAGCAUUUCAGCACCUGGAUGAAAGGCAAUCAUGGCACUGGUGGAGGCAACUGGGUCCCAGACAGCAGAGCGGCGCCUCAGAGCCUGGGUUGUGGAAAUGCUUAUUGUAGGCGCCGAGAACAUGUUUCAGUUGCCACUUUUGCAACUGCCUCUCAUCCACGAGAACGUGCUAGUAGAGUCAAGCUGAAGGGGCAGGCCAACACUUGCGUCCCUCUGCCACCGAGUCACCAACUUCCUGGGAAGUUCUCACCCCACGCUCCUCGAUUUCCCCACGCCUUCUUGGCAUCCUUGCUCACCCACUUGAAGUUGAGAUCAGCACCCCGCAUAAGAUCAUCGAAGUCAUGCUGGGAGACCUAAAGGUAAAUGGCUUAAAUCCGCCCACUUUUGUACCUGCGUCAGAGUACCGCCUGCGGUGCAGCACGAUGUGUACACCUUCAGAUCGACC